AUGGACCCACACUCGAUGGUGAUCCAAGGCAACGGCAUUUCUAUGCCUAUGUCAAUGGGUAUGGGUGCCACAAACCCGCAAGCUAUGGGAUUAGGUCCUCAAACCAUCUACAACCAGCAAUCGACCAUGAUGAUGAAUGCCAUGCCGAUGAGCUCUGUAGGUAUGACUCAAUUGAACUCGAACGUUGUUAACCCGGCCCAGGUAAGCGACUGGCGUAUUCAACUGACGAGGGAGCACCGUGCCAAUCUUAUUGCUAAAAUUUACAAUGAGAUGGUGCGCGUGUCAGCUGAUCCCAUGCCAGGGAUUAAACUUUGGAUGAAUGUGUCAUGGUUUGAGCUGUCGCUUUACAAGGAGUCGCCCACACAGGAAGUUUACAUUAACAAAAUAUUUACAAGACUGAAGUCAUUACGAGCGCAGCAAUCGGACAUGAAUGCGGCUAUGGCAGCGCAAGGACUGCCUAAUCAGGUGAAAGCAGAGACGAUCACAUCAGGGAACUCUGCGAUUGAGUAUUGGCAGCAACACGCGGCGCUGCGAGCAAAGCAUCAAGGGGAUGUGGAAAAAGUGCACAACGCUUUCAAGAAAUAUGUGGAUCAUAUGAAGGGGCACGAUGAGACGGAGCAGAAGAAGAAACUACGAUAUCUUCUUAGCUAUGUAGAACUUUGCGCAAAUAUUUUGAGUGAAGACAAGACGACGCAUCCACCGCGGAAGAUUGAGGAGCUGGACAAGGCGAGGUGGUGA